UGGGUUGUAGCCCCUUUAAGAGAGCUCGGGGACGUGGUUAGGAGGACCCCUCCUAGGGACCGGGUCCCGACGGGGCGUUUCUACAGCCUCAUUCAUUCAUCCUGUUGACAGUGCCGCUACCGGCCAGACACGGUCCCGCGCGGCCAGACUCGUUCCAGCGGCGGGGCCAAGUGCAGUGGACCCUGCCCUUUACCCUGGGAGCGGCAUCACAGGAAAGUGGCCGGGAAAAGGCGUGGUCCCCUGGAGGAGGGCCCUUUGUUCCCCCGAAAGUGUGUCGACCGGAGGACGAGGGCGGCAGCAGCGUCAAGUCUGGGCCACGAAGUUCGGUCCUGAACCUGCAGUUUGUCUUGUUAUCCGAGAGCGACAACCCGGGACCCAGGGGGCGUGGCAGCACAUGCAAAUCAUAAGGUGGGGAGCAGAGACGGGCUCACUAGGGGUCCAGAGGCGGGGCUUCACAUGCAAAUCAUUAAACAGGGGCGGACCAGGCUCGCUAAGGACCCAGGAAGGGCGGUGCCGCACAGGAAAAUCACUGGAGUAGGGUGCGGAGCGCUAAGGGACCAGGGAAGGCAGUGCCACAGGGGUAAAUCUUUUGGACUGGGGGCGGGGCCACACAUGUCAGCCGCCUGACCGCCGAGGCGUUGGGCUCAGGCUCCCAGACGACUUAGGAGGGCGGUCCACUUGGGCCAGAGUCAAGAGCCCCGGGGGCGUAGGAGUGGCCGGAGUGCUUGCCCGCGACGUCACAGCAGAGUAAUGCCUGGGUUGAGGCGGGGCUGCCCACCGCCCGGGCCAGGGCCAGCUAGGGCAGGACCGGCUCACCAGCCUUCCCCGGUUCCCAUGGCGGCAGCCGGAGAGUCCCCGGAGGCCCCCACCGCGGAGCCCACGCCCCCGGCGGCCUGCCGCUUCUUCCUGGAAGGCCGCUGCCACUUCGGAGCCCGCUGCCGCCAGCCCCACCCCGGGGCCCCGGAGCCCGCGAGGCCUAGUGGCGGGGCCCGGGCCGAGGCCGGGACCAAGAAGCCCCCGCUGCGCACUGCCGAGGCGGUUAUCCAGCGCAUCCGCUGGGACCCGCGCCUGGACCCUGCCGACUUCUCGGUGGGCUACGCGGACCGCUUCUUGGGUGUGUGUGAGGAGCCCUUCAGCGCCUUCUGCUGGGACGAGCCGCUGGCGGCACUGGGGCCCGGUGUGUUGGCCGUGCCACAGCACCGCGUGCUGUACUUCCGCUUCCGCGACCGAGUCGUGUGGGACCGCGCCUCGCGCUUGGACCACGUCUUUGGCUCCGGCUCCGCGGAGGGCCGCGGACCCACCAUCCUGGACGCACUCGACGGCGGGACCGCUCAAGUGUCCGGAGAUGUGCACGAUGACGACGCGCAAGGGGCCUGGGAAGCACAGGACUUGGUAGCUGCUGCCCGUGCUGGCGCCCCAGAGCAGCCGGGCGGGACAGGUUCUAAAGCCGAUCACCUGACACUGGCGUCUGCCAACACCCAGGAAGUGGACGGGACCAGAAGCCUGGAUGCCCCAUGGACAGAGCCCAAAAGGGUGCUGAAGAUGGCCGUCGAAGCCAGGACUGAGGUGGUACAGGCCAUGGCAGCCCCAGGGUGGCACCCGGGAGAAAGCUUCCCUGAGACUAAAGUGUUGUGGGGUCCCGGAGCCUGGCCCGAAGACAGCAGCGGCGCAGCCCCUCACCAGCCCCGCCCCACGCAUUUUGUAGCCAUCAUGGUGACAGAGCCCAGGCUGCAGCUGGGGGUGGCCAAGGCCCAGGAAGAGCUGGUCCGAACCGCGCCUUCGUGCGCGGCAUUCACAGUGCCCACAAAGGCCCUGCACCUAACCCUGGCCCUACUGAGGCUGGUUGGACCCGGAGAAGCAGCAGCCGCCAUUGGAGCGCUGAGACGCGUGCUUUCAGCCCCCGGAAUAGACGCACCCCCGCAGCUGACGUUUAGGCGGCUGGUGCUCCUGGGUUCCCAAGUGCUCUAUGCACCACCUUCCCCCUCCCUGGAAACCGUGGCCCAAGUGCUGAGCCAGAGGCUGGAGGCUGAGGGGAUCAGAGUGCUACAGCCCUCUGGGGGACUGCACCCCCACCUCACGCUGGCCAAGGUGCCCCGGGGCUCCCAAGGCCGCCUCCCUGCCACUGGGUUCAGCCCAGAGCAGGAGCUAGGGAGCCAGCCCCUGACGCAACUCUGGCUGUGUGUCAUGGGGAGGGCAGGGGGCGCCUACCAGCCCCUCGCUGAAGUCCCCCUGGGGUAAUAGUCCCAGACCUCUGGGACAAAUAGGAUUUCAACCCGAAACCACCCGAGAUCCAGUCCAGCAGGAGGUACAAAGCUCUCUCUCUCUCUCUCUUUAAUUUUGGUUUCUCUCAAGCUUCCAAACUGUGCUCAGUGCUC